AAUCGGUCUGAACAUCAUUCAAUCAGUCCCCAUCCCAGAUCUCUCAUCUCACUCUCUCUUUCUUCCUCAAUUCAUCUUCUUUUAGAUUUUUCUCAACCUUCUUUUCUUCCAUUUUUUUAAUCUCUACUGUUCCCAUUUUCUCUCUCUUCCUCCUCCUCCUCCUCCUCCUCAAACUUUAUUCAAAUUCGAUUAUUAUUUUUAAUUAUUUAUUUUGAGGUAUUAUUCUCCAACUUGGAGGUAUCUAAUUAUAUCUGAAGAUUCCUCCAUUAUACAAAUUAAAUUUGUUUAAUUUUUAUACUUAAUCCAUUUUCUAUAUCAAGUAGUUGGGAGCCAAGUUGUUGUUGUUGUUGUUGGGUUGUUUACAAAUAAUAAGGCCGUGUUUGGUUUUGUUUUCAAAACAAAGUAUCGAUGCCGGAGGAAGACUUAGUAGAAGUGAAAUUCCGGUUAUAUGACGGUUCGGAUAUCGGACCCUUCCGUUACUCGCCGGCGUCAACUGUUGCAAAUCUUAAGGAACGAAUUGUUGCUGACUGGCCCAAAGAUAAGAAGGUCACCCCAAAGGUUGCAAAUGAUGUCAAGAUCAUAAAUGCUGGUAAGAUUUUGGAGAACAGCAAGACUGUCGGCCAAUGUCGGAUGCCCUUUGGUGAGCUUCAAAAAGGAGUUAUUACAAUGCAUGUUGUUGUUCAGCCAUCUGUAGCAAAAGCAAAAACAGAAAAGAAAAUUGACGAGUCUGAAAGAAAGAGCAUCUGUUCAUGUUCGAUAUUAUGAGAAUUUGGGUUGUGGCUAGAUUUUAGGUUCGUGCACUGUAUGCAUGUUGCUGCAGGCUGUCCUUGAUCAAUGUAUUCUCUAUUUGAUUUUAGGGGAAUGAAAACCCGUGUAUGAAUAUGUAUCUGGUGCACUCUGGAGUCUGGUCCUUCAAUUUUUAUCAGUUUCUAAAUAUGCAGGAGAGUUAUAUUUAGUAACAGUGAUAAUGUUACUGUUGCAUUGUAUAGUAGGAGAAAAAGAUAACUAAUGUUAAUUUGGUUAUGAUUGUGAACUGAAAGAAAUUACUCACGGGCACGGGGCACCUACUUCUUGUUGA